AAUGUUGACCUUGGAGAACGGCGCUAACAAACGAUAAUGAAGGUAGAGGAGUUUUACUCCUUGUUAGGAGAAAGACGGAAAAGUUUAGCAGAUAUUCUACUCUCUAAAUUUGGAAAAGACUUGGAAAACAUACAGGCAAAUCACAUUAACUUUUCUUAUACACUGAAUUAACAGAACUCAUGUAAUGAUGCGUGCGCUGCCCAGAAAGAUUUUCUUGAUGUUGAUGAUGAAGUAGAGAACCAAAUAAAUUCGAUAGCUGCGAAUCGUUACGAGAGGUUAAUAAAUGAUAUUGAGCUUCAGGCAAAAGGACUCAAGUUACCCAGAACGGAUGAUAAAGAAACUAAAGUUGGUACGUGAAUUUUAUUUUAUAUUUUAAGGCAAUACUAUGUCCGGCAAUUACCCCACCCGUAUCUUUAGUUACCCGAAUAGUACUUCACAAAUGCCUACACAAUAUAACCAAAUCUUUGGAGUCUCUGAAGUUCCCUUUAGCUAUAGGUCCCAUCCACUACGCUCCGUUUUCAUUCCCCUGAAGUAGUUAGGCUUUCUUUGAGGCAAAGGAGUAAAUCGCAACAUGUUCUACAUAUGUGUGAGAACAUUUAGAACUCGCCGUAAACCUUUGAAGGUAUUUCUUAAAUUUAGAGCAAAAUGUCUGGGAAUUGCAAAGUAGACACUAUCUUGGAGUUUACAUCAAGUGAUUACUUUAAUUUUUGACGCAGGAAACAAGUGUUUGUCACUGCUGGCUAACAAACUAGUGUAUGAAUGCCUAACAAAGCGUCUCGAUUGAGUUGCGUAGCUUAGGUUGACUCAAUUUGUUCUGUUUUAGUAGCACAGAUUCCAUACUAAAACUAUUGUACUUUAAACAAAUAAUUCCCGGAUUUCAUGUUCGGGUAUUUGGUAUUGUCAUUGCUCAAUACAACUGUCUUUAUUGUCUGUGUCAUCUGCCUUUAAUGGAUUUUUAUCUGAUGUUGAUAUAUCUGUAUGUGACCGUUACAAUAAUCCAACUGAAAACCAUCAUAUAUUAGGCACAACAGUUGUAUUUUCCGAACAUCGGAUUCUGGCAGAAUACUUGAAAGAAACCUAUGAUCGGAAACCCCCAUCCAGCCUGUUUCUUUACUUUCACAGACCAUGUUGCAUAGCGGUGGAAUAAGGCAGAGUAGAAUGCUAUCCAGUUCAGUGUAUUGCCCUUCUACGACGUAGCUAUUGCAAGUUGGUCCGUACUCUGCAUCGGCGUGGUAAUAUUGAAGUAAGAAAUAAACCUGUAAAUGUUCAUUGACAACUCUAUCUUGUAUGGGUUCAUAAAUUACUAUGUACCUCAUAUUGUUUUACGUGUUGCUAUUUAAACACUAAUAUAAAAGAUAGCAUUUAUAUUAACUAUCAGAAGCCGGCGAGCUAAAAUAUUGAGCAACCUCAACAUCCCUUUCAGUUGUUCUAAUACACUGCAAGUGCUCUGAAGACAUUUUCAUAAAUACUUGCAACCUAAUUCAUCUAACCUAUUCUUAGCACUGCUUUCCUUAAUGACAAUGAACCCCAAGAACGAAAAUGUGGUGACACAAGUCCUGAAGGCGUGGUACAGUGUGAAAAGCUAUAGGCAGUCAUGUUUAAUAAUGGCGGCUUCCAAUAGUAUUUAUUUUGUUCCUCUAUUAAGCCUAGUACACAGCGCUUUGGAGACAAAUAAAUACCUGUGACCUAUAAAUACGAUCCGAUCUUAACAUUGGUGUUUUAUAGUCAAACAAAUGGAGUUUGGAUCACUACCAAGUAUGCUAAGUCCAUAAUAAAUGGUCAUGUAUGUCACUUAUAUCAUUGUUAGUGUGGGUUGAGGUUACCUAUAUAAAUGUUGUGUGUACUCCGUGAUGUAGCUGGAAACUGACCUAUCAAGAGCAACGUAGCUUUCAAUAAUACUAAAAUACCCUAAACACUCGAAAAUUUCUCCAGAUUCUUAAUUCAAGCUUUCGGUACAAGCCACUUAGCAGGUGUGAAGUUUAUCUAAGUAUUCGGAAGGUCAAUCGUCUCGUUUUUGCUGGACAUAACUGUCUCCCUUGGGUUUAUUUAUGCGGCACAAAUCAGUUCUAGUAAGUGGUUGUUUGAACUCUAAGAGCCCAGUUGGGGACUCGGAGUGUAUACGUAAUUGACAUUUUUGUUAUCCCUAACCAGUUAUAGAGUUAAUUUGAAAUAUGUAUCCACUGUGCUUACUCAUUCUGAGGUGAUAGUCACAACUCAACGGCAUCCCAGGAAAUUCUGGUUGUAUAGUCAAAUUUUCCUGUCUUACAACUCAAGCUACGUAAUAACUCAAGCUUAGCUGUUAAGGCGUUCGUCUUUCAGCCACUAGGUCUCACACCCAUUAGAUCUCACAAUUAAAGUGUAGCUCAUACCCAAGUACUUGGUAAAUGAGUUGACUAUUUGAUAAUAGAGGAAUAAAAUCAAGAACAAUUUGAACAAAACCUAUCACUUGUCGGUCCUAAAUUCACUUGACAAGUUCAGACAAAGGAUUUAACGUCUGACCAGUGAUUGUCUACUAGGAUGUGUUGAUAAAGACCAUAGAAUGAUGUAACUAGGACUUGUCAAUCCAGCAACACUACCCAUUCAUUUUUUAAAUAAGAUUUCCUAUAACCAGAAACCUAAGCUUAUUGUUUGCUAGAUAAAUUUAUCGUCGUUGUUCAUAGACUUUUUUUUCAUUUUUAGGUCUUGAUAAAAUGAUUCACUUGUAUUUAAAACGUCAAAGCAACAUCAUAGGUAAUGAUUCCAACCUGGAAAAGAACCGUAAAAAACUAUGUCGUUUGUUAGAGACUGCCAGAUCACAGAAGAAUUCUGGUAAUACAGUCGUCAAAAAGCUGGAGGGAUCUGCAUCGCGUAAGAUUCGUUCAGCUGUAUCACAAAGUUUCACGAAACACACACGUCGGGUUCCAGGCUUGAGUGCUAAGUCAGAAAAAAUCCCUGUUGAUCACUGGCCCUCGUCAAAAAAUGGCUUUUUCUGUUUACUUAGAGGAUUUCUUACACAUGAGGGUGUACGGAGGAGAUUAACUACAGCUCAGAUUUGUGAAUAUGUUCGUGAAUGGCAAGUUUGCAAUCAAAACAGGUUAAGAACGGUUGGGAGAGGUUGCAGCUGGAUCGAUCGGGUUGAAGACUGGUCUUCUGUAACUCAUCAUGCAUUAGAUUUUCUUACCGCAGAAAGUUCACCCGAAAGUGUCAUACGUAACAGUUCUCGCCGGCUUGUAUGUCCGAGACCGUUUGUUAGUUUAAAACCGCGCAUUCAUCAGUGGUGUUGGCUCCUGUGCCCCCCAUCAGGAAUAAACCCUAAAGUCGACCAAGAAUGGAUCCAAAAAUUUGAACUGGAAACCAGAGAGUUGACGGGUUUAUUUUCUGACUGGCUUCGAGCUCCUCGUGGUCUUGGUGGGUUGACAGAUGCAGUCUUGUCGAUAACAGACUCCUUGCUUUUGAGUGGGAGGAAUAAAGUCAAAUCCGUUAAGAAUACAAAUUCUUCAGUUAAGGAAAAACAGUAUUCUGAAGGAUCUGAUGGUGACGGUGAUGUAGAAGACUCAGAAAUUGAUGAAGGUGAAAGAUGUUUACGAAUAGAUGAUUGCCAAGUUGAGUCAGAUGAUGGCGAUAAGAAAAGUGGAGACAUCCAAAAGAUUAGAAGAAACAUUUCAUCAAAACACUCUCAACAGUCAAUAUCCCAUGAAGAUAAUCGACUUUAUUCCGACGAUGAUAUCCCUCCACCACUUUAUCCAACUAGAUGGAAACUCCGACCAUUUUCAAAGGAAGAGAAGGCUGAUUUUCAAUUGCAAGAAGCUGAACGUUUUUCUCAUCCAUGGUCUCCAUUUGUUUAUCACAUACAAAACUACUGCGCUGUAGUUGGACCGUUACGCUCAGCUCCAAGUGCUUUAAGUCAUGACUUAGUGUUGUAUAAUUCUGGUCGUAAUUGGUCUGGUAACUCAAAGGCUAGAGACCAUCCUCUACUGCGGCUUGACCGCCCUAUGUUUGUAAGUUUAGCUGAAAUUGUCCGGGACGCUGUGGCUUGUUUGCCCAAUGGAGAAGGUACUCGUGCAGAUAUCACCACCCUUGUACAGAAUAGCGGUUUUUUAUUGCCAAAUGUCAAUCCACGGCAGUUACAACAAUGUGUCAGUUCUGCGUUGGAUCGAUUACAAGGUGAAACUUCUGAUCCGUCAGUCUACUUUAAUAACAAUCGUCGUAUGUGGAUUUAUCGUCACAGACAUAGGACUGUUGAAAAGUUUGCUGAACUACACGAAGCAAGAUGUGCUGUUAAUGAAACCAAGAAAAUUAUUCAACGUGGUGGUAGUACAUCUGUUUUGAAUACUAACCAAACAGUUAAACCUACUAAUAAAUUAAUUCCUGACAAGUAUCCAGAAUAUUCUAGCAAACAAAAUAAUUUACGACAUAAUUCUUCAAAAUAUUCUGGACGUUAUCAUAAUCAUCAUCACAGUGGCAGACAUAUUCAAUCGGGUUAUAUCAGUCGAGAUUAUGGGUAUAUGGAAUUAAACAGAAACUAUUCAUUUAUUGAUGACGAUCAUAUACCUGAUAUUGAAGAAUUAGAGGCAGCUGAUGAAGUCAAUAUGAUGGAAUAUAAUUGUACAUCUGCUAAUUAUUCAGUGAAUUCUAAUAAUGUCAAAGGUCAUAUUGGUACAGUGGUUGAUAACACUGAGUAUGAUGAUGAUAAUGAAAUGGAUGAAGUGGAUUAUGAAAAUGAAAUUCUAAGUGCUUGGGAUGAUGAUAAUUCUACCGAUCGAAUAAUCAAUCCUCCUACUGGUCAACAACGAGGCAACCAACAAUUCAACAAAAUGCCUAGAUACUUGGAUCCAUUUCAGUCAAGAAGUCCAACAUCAUUUAUAUUGCCAUCAAAUAAUUAUUCUCAGUCAACCAGUAAUUACAAACAAUCACGAUUAAAUGAUUCUAAUUAUUCAUCGAAUUCGAAACGGAUUCAUAAAAACUACACAACUGCUACUGCAGAUGAUGAUGAUGAUGAUGACGUUGAAAUCGGAAACUAUAUUAUUGACAGUGAAGAGAUAAACGAGGAAUAUUUCUAAGCUUUCUGAAUCAUUAUCUAAUUAAUGAUGUGUAAAUAUCUCAUAUCUUUUGAAAAUCGCAUUUAGAUAAAGUGAUUUGUUUUUUUGUUUGUUUUAACUGCCAAUAGAUUUCCUCCAUCUUUUUAACUUCUUUGCAAUUUCAAAAAGAGUAAACAACCCUGAUAUUCUUUAAUUUCUAUUCCAUUCCCAACAUUCAUUUAUGUUUAACUUAACAGCAAUUAAAAUGUAAAUCAAAAUUUCAUUUGUACAAUUAUUUGACCUACCUACAAAUAAAUCAGUAGUGUCGAUAAAUUAUCAUCGAUCAGUUUAGUUGUUUAUUAACCAGCGAAAUACUUCCAUGUUCAAAAGCCGAUAAGUGGAGUCAGAAUUUGUUAGCGGGACAUAGAUUGGAUUAAAGCAUGUUCCAUGCACAUUUGCGUUGCUGCACCUGAUUGCCUAAUUCUUACCCAAUCAGUGCUAGCCGAUACUUGGAGAAGACUCGAGAAUCUCAUGUAAAAACUGUAAAUAUACUAACGUUUUUCUUAUUGUGCUUCUUGCUUCCAUCUACCCUUGUUAUUUGGAAUAUAAUCUCUUUUCCUGUUC